AUGAGGGAUGUGAGUUUGGAGGCGAGUCAGGAGAGUGUGGAGACGGAGCAAGAUAGGCGGGAGAGGGAGCAUAUACCCGAUGAUGAGGCACCGGAUGAUAUCGCGUACGAGUCACCUGCGCCGGAUCCCUCGCUCAAGGGUGAGUAUCCAACAACGCUGCGGUAUUCCCCUCCGCAGCAUUUACCGGGGCGACGAGCAGCGUUACCACCGCAGACUUCGCAUCCACCACUGGACCCGCCAUAUCAUGAUGCAGCAUGGGCGUAUAUUUACGCUUUGUCUAUGGCGAUGAUGUUCUCGACCGCAUUCAUCAUUUACGUUUGCAGUCCGUCGAUACCGAGGAGUGCUGUCGGGGACGCAUUAUGGACAGCAUUGUCGAAAUCAAUACCGCAUAUCGCAUUUUAUGCUGUCGUUGCAACUGGGGUAUCGGGAGGAUUGCUUGCGGUUCUGCUACUAACACAGCGCUACACAAAGCUGUUCUUCUAUAUGGUGAUUACGGGCGUACCCGCUGCUCUGGGAAUCCUGGGCAUGCACCUUCUCGUCAUGUCCUACCGCGGCACAACGGCCGGCAUCGGCCUCCAGGACCGAAGUAUGCGAUGGUGUGCACUCCUCACGUUCGUCGUUGCCGGAGUUUGGCUCUACACAACUUAUCGCCGCCGCGAAUCCCUGGCACGCGCAAUCGGCGUUAUCCGUCUUUCGUGCCGGAUCAUCAAAGAUAAUCUGGCGCUCAUCGUGUGCAGUAUGGGUGUAUUGUCGACUUUUGGAGUGUUUACAGUUGUGUGGAUAGCGAUGUUUGAGAGGGUACUUAUGAGAGGGAAGGUUGGGAUGAGCGGCGGAUGGGUCAUGAUGCCGAAUUCGUGGUGGCUCGCGGGGUGGUUUGCGUUUAUGUGGGUUUGGACUUGGGGUGUAUUUUCCGGCAUCCAAAGGGUUAUCACGGCCGCGACGACGAGUCAGUGGUACUUUUAUCGAUACGCCUUGCCGCCGACGCCGUCAAGACAGGUUGCGAAUGCGGCGCUCGGGACGGCGGUUACGACGUGUCUUGGCACUAUCUGCCUAUCUUCGUUUCUUUCGAUUUCGCUACGACUCCCGCUGCUUGCGUUACCACGCCGCGUCCAUGCGAUUCUUCAACUGUUCGUUUUCUCGCUGGUGUAUGCCCCGUUUGGGCGUAUGGCACAGCCCAUGACGCUUACAUUUGCCGGUGUGGAACGUGUACCACUGUCUGGUGCCGCUCGAGUGUGUGAAAGACUCUGGCUCCUGGCCGCGUCCUCGGUUGACGACGUGCGUGGUGGAAUCGGAGGUGUGAGAGAAAGUGGCGGCGGAGGUGGAGCAUGGUCCGUCUACCGCCUCGCCAAAUCAUUACUCUCAGCAUGUCGUUUAACAACCUCUCUCACCUUCGGCCUCCUGGGGUGGAUUUACGCCGCACGGGUUCAUGACCACUCACUCUACGGGUACAUCGUGGGAUUAGUCAGUGGUGCUGUUGGGUGGACGAUUGUGGGUGGCGUGGAGGGUGGGGUAAGUGCGGUUGUUGAUGCGGUGUUUAUUUGCUAUGCUCUUGAUGUUGAGAGGGGGAAAGGGGAGGCGGCUGUGGGUGUUGGGCAUUGUCGGGAGGCGGGGAGGUGUUUUGGAGAGGUUGAUUCUAUGGCGUGA